AAACACUUGUUCUUUUAGUCGCGGAUUUUCAGUGCUUUGUGUUUGUUCAAAGGUACCUAUAUUGUAGGUAAUAGACAAUAUAAUAAUAAUACCUUCAGGAAUGAAAAAUAUAUAUUAAUAAAAAAAAUGUCAGGCAACAAGAGAAAAAGUUAUUUAUCUGACAGUAAUAAACAAGUUACAAAAUAUGCCAAAGGACAAAUGAGAAAAUCACUUCAAAUGAAAGAGUCGCUGCAAUCUACUAAUAAAAAUGAAGUGCCUUCAACCGAUGUUAAUGUAGAAUUCACAAAUGACAAUGGUCCAGAAUAUCUACAACAAUUUGAGAAUGGUGAAAUAGAUAAUAAUUCUGAGAUGAUUAAUCAUAUAUCAAUGUUAUUUCAAGAAGUUAAAGCAAGGGUUGACGUCGACUAUGAUAAAUUUGAGGAGUGGUACAGCAGCGAUGACGAAAUAACCGAACUUUUAACAACUGAAGUGACCUUAUCAAUUACAAUAAUAAAUUUAACAAAAAAUGAUGAAUUUUUUAAACCUGUAGCAUUGAAUGCUAUUGUCAGCUCGGCAGAAUUGUUAUUGAUGAUUUUUAAAUAUUCUAUGAAAAAUCAUUUAUCUAGAACUGGCAUUUCUAAUUUAUUAAAACUUACUAAUUGUAUGUUCGGUAAAACAGUUCUCCCAGAAUCACGUUACAAAAUAGAUCAAUUAUGUAAACCAGCCAAUGAUAUUGAGUUACAUAGUGUAUGUUAUUCAUGUUCCAAUUACAUCGGGACAUUUAAAGAAUUCAAUACCUGUGUAUUUUGUAGUAAUUGUAAUACAGAAGUCGACCUGUCACAUCCGUCAAAUCCAUGCUAUUUUGCCAUUAUACACCCAUCAGAAGCAAUAUGCGAAUAUUUAGAGAUGCAUGAAAAUUAUUAUUUUCCUGUAGUAAAUGAAAGAAGACAUCAGAAAGACUGUAUUGAAGAUAUUUAUGAUGGAAAAUUAUACAGACAAUUUGUUAAAAAUUUAAGUGCUGUUGAUCGAUAUGCUUACGCAACAGUGAUUUUUAUUACUGAUGGCGCUCCAGUUUUUAAAUCUUUCUCAUUUUCAAUAUGGCCUAUCUAUAUAAUAUUAAAUGAAUUACCUCAACAAGAACGAUUAAAUAGUGCGAUCACUGUUGGUUUGUGGUUUAGAAGAAGUAAACCAGAAAUGACAAUUUUUUAGGAUGUCUUCACAAAGCUAAUGAAUACUCUUUCUACAAUAGGUGUCUUAGGUACGAUAAAAAAUGUAGAACGCCGCAUAAAAAUUUAUUCACUAUUGUCUUGUGUAGAUACCAUGGCUCGUGCACCAAUGAAUGGUACGAUGCAAUUUAAUGCGCAUUACGGAUGUGAUUGUUGUUUAGAAGAAGGUAAAUAUUUCUCAGGAAGUAUGCGUUACCCAUUUCAUAUCCCGUUCUUAAAAAAUAGAACUCACGCUGAAACAAUUGUUCAUGCCACUCAAGCUCUAGAGCAAAAUCGAUCUAUUUACGGAGUAAAAACAGCAUCUCCUCUUUUAAACUUGUCUAAUUUUGAUAUUAUUGAGGGUUUUACACCGGACUACAUGCACUGUUACGUUUUUGGCGUAGUUAAGCAGUUUAUAAAGAUCACAGAAAGAUAUUUAACAAGAACAGAUAUUGAUUAUAUCGACGAAUUACUUAUUAAAAUUAGAUCACCCACUCAGAUAGGUCGUCUAUCAAGGUCUUUUAAGGAUAGAGGAUUUUGGAAAGCCAAAGAAUAUGAGAAUUGGUUAUUGUAUUGCUGCAUACCCUUAUUAUGCACAGUUACGCAACAUAAAGUCUUGCUACAAAAUUGGUCACGAUUAUUUGAGUCCUUAUAUAUCUGUUUACAGACAAAAAUUACCUUUGCAGAGUUAAAUACUGCAAAUACGUUAUUAUGGAAAUUUGUAUCGAAAUGGAAGAUAUUGAUCGUGGCUACUGUUCGUGGGCGGCUACGGCCACCACGUUGUAGGGAAGGACUGGGCCAAAUAUACGUGCAAUAUAAC